UCUUCAGAUAAUGACACCAAACCUACAUUCACACAAGUCUUUUUAGCCUCCUCCUUAGGCUUGAUCAUUGCGGCAGCGGUGCACAUUCGGAUUCGAAGGCUAAGAGAUCAGAAAAUCAUUCCAAGGAAAAGAUCCUCGGACUCUGGUCAUGUUCACAAGCUUGAAGGGUUCCCCCAUUAUGUGGCAAGGCAAAUGGGAUUUGCAGAUAGGAAACACUGUCCAAAUUUGUGCAAAUUAGCAGCAGAAUAUAUAAGAAAAGCAGAAGGGUGUGAGGAUGAUAUAUAUACAUUUUUUGCUGAUGAGCCUGGAGCUGAUUCUCUAUUUAUAAAGCUAGUUGAGGAGUUUGAGAGAUGCAGUCUUAGCUAUUUUGCAUUCCAUUGGAGCCAUGCUGAUCUUAUGAUUAGUCAGGUGUUGAGUUCUGAUGCCGAGCCCAAAAAGAAGCUCAAGAGCAUAGUUAUGGCAGCAACUAGGGAACAAAGAUUUGAGAGGCUAACAAAAAAUCUAAAGGUGGCAAGAGUAUUCACUACAUUAGUGGAGGAAAUGAAGGCAAUGGGACUUUCAUCAAAUGAUGACUCAUGUACAGAGGUCAUGGCUCCUGUCGACCACCGCAAUAGAAGUCCAGUACUCCUUUUCAUGGGCGGUGGUAUGGGAGCCGGAAAGAGCACUGUACUCAAAGACAUUCUCAAAGAACCAUUCUGGGCGGGGGCAGCAGCAAAUGCAGUCGUGAUUGAGGCAGAUGCUUUCAAAGAAUCAGAUGUGAUCUACAGAGCUCUUAGCUCCACAGGUCAUCAUGUUGACAUGCUUCAGACUGCCGAAUUGGUGCACCAAUCAUCAACAGAUGCAGCAUCAUCCCUCCUAGUAACAGCACUCAAUGAAGGUCGGGAUGUGAUAAUGGAUGGCACACUCUCGUGGGUGCCAUUUGUGAUGCAGACUAUAACAAUGGCCAGAAAUGUCCACCGCCAUCGUUAUCGCAUGGGACCUGGGUAUAAGGAGGCUGAUGAUGGGACCGUAACUGAGAACUACUGGGAAAGAACUGGAGAAAGAGAACAAGUAGAAGGGGUCAAAAGAAAACCAUACAGGAUAGAACUCGUUGGGGUUGUUUGUGAUGCUUACUUAGCAGUUAUAAGAGGCAUUAGGAGAGCUAUAAUGUGCAGAAGAGCUGUAAGAGUGAAGUCUCAAUUGACAUCACACAAGAGAUUUGCAAAUGCAUUUCUAACAUACUGCCAACUGGUUGACAAUGCCAGGCUAUAUAGCACCAAUGCUCUUGAAGGCCCACCGAAGUUGAUAGGAUGGAAAGACAGAGACAAGACAUUGUUGGUUGAUCCAGACGAAAUAAACUGUUUGAAGAUGGUAGGUAAGUUGAACGAGAAUGCUGAAUCCAUAUAUGAGCUUUACAAGAGCCCGAAUCCAGCUCGCGAAGCUGGAUCAAUCUGGAAAGAUAUUGUACUAUCACCUUCAAGGUUGAACAUUCAACAGGAGCUCAAGUAUUCAAUUCAGAAAAUUGAAAGAUCAAAAUGGUUCACAGAUAGUGCAGGAGAAAUUAGUUAAA